CUGAAAUAAGCCAAUCGGAGAAAGGGUAGUUGCCGGUGCGUUGGCGAUUGGUAGGGAACCGGCUUCUUGCCCUUGUGGUCUGCAGCAGAAGAGCUGAUUGUACAGAAUGGUUCAACCUGUGCCAGAAACAAUUAACUUCCCUGCAGAGGAAGAGCAGAUCUUAAAGAUUUGGAAGCUGUAUGAGUGUUUUCAAGAAUCUCUGAAACAGGCUAAAAAUCGACCCAGAUACACAUUUUAUGAUGGACCUCCAUUUGCCACUGGUCUUCCACAUUAUGGCCAUAUACUUGCGGGGACAAUAAAGGAUAUAGUAACCAGGUUUGCACAUCAGAGUGGAUUCAGUGUUGAAAGAAGAUUUGGAUGGGAUUGCCAUGGCUUGCCUGUGGAAUAUGAAAUUGAUAAGACAUUGGGAAUAAAAGGACCUGAAGAUGUAGCAGCAAUGGGCAUUGCUGAAUACAACAGACACUGUCGAGGAAUUGUGAUGAGGUACUCGAAUGAAUGGGAGUCUGCUGUUACCAGAUUGGGCCGUUGGAUUGAUUUUAAGAAUGAUUAUAAGACGUUGUAUCCUUCAUUCAUGGAAUCUGUUUGGUGGGUAUUUAAACAGCUUUAUGACAAGGGACUGGUCUAUAGAGGAGUGAAAGUUAUGCCAUUUUCUACUGCAUGCAACACGCCUCUUUCUAAUUUUGAAUCGCAUCAAAAUUAUAAGGAUGUUCAAGAUCCUUCUGUUAUUGUGACCUUUCCAUUGGAAGAGGAUGAAAGUGUUUCCUUGGUUGCUUGGACGACAACCCCGUGGACCUUACCCAGCAACCUUGCUGUUUGUGUCAGCCCAGAAUAUCAAUAUGUAAAAAUCAAAGACAACUCCAAUGGAAAUUUGUAUAUCAUGAUGGAAGCCAGGCUAGAAGCACUGUUUAAAUCUGACAGUGAAUACACAGUUCUAGAUAGGUUCAAGGGUGCUGCUCUCAAAGGCAAGAAAUACAGACCAUUGUUUGAUUAUUUCUCAAAGUGCAAAGAAACUGGAGCCUUCACUGUUCUUGUGGACAACUAUGUUAAAGAGGAAGAGGGUACAGGAGUUGUACAUCAGGCACCAUACUUUGGUGCAGAUGAUUUCCGUGUGUGUGUGGAUUAUGGCAUAAUCCAGAAAGAUUCAACACCAGUGUGUCCAGUGGAUGCAUCUGGCUGUUUCACAGCUGAAGUGAAGGACUUUGCUGGAUUGUAUGUUAAGGAUGCUGACAAGCAUAUCCUUAAAUAUCUGAAAGAGAAGGGCCGAGUAGUACGUAGCGGUACUUACAAGCACAAUUAUCCAUUUUGUUGGAGGUCGGAAACCCCACUGAUUUAUAAAGCUGUUCCAAGUUGGUUUGUACGAGUGGAACAUAUGGUGGAUAAACUGCUGGAGAACAAUGACAAAUGCUACUGGGUGCCAGAAUUUGUCAGAGAAAAGCGGUUUGGAAAUUGGUUGAAGGAUGCGCGUGAUUGGGCAAUUUCUCGGAACCGAUACUGGGGUACUCCUAUCCCUUUAUGGGUUAGCGAAGACUUUGAGGAAGUGGUAUGUGUGGGAUCAGUGGCAGAAUUGGAGGAGCUGAGUGGAAUUAAAGUUGAAGACCUUCAUCGCGAAAGUGUUGAUAACAUCACAAUCCCAUCAAACUGUGGAAAAGGUGUUCUGAAACGAGUUUCUGAGGUCUUUGAUUGCUGGUUUGAAAGUGGAAGCAUGCCAUAUGCUCAGGUUCACUAUCCUUUCGAAAACAAAAGAGAGUUUGAAGACACCUUCCCAGCAGACUUCAUUGCUGAAGGAAUUGACCAAACAAGAGGAUGGUUUUAUACCCUAUUGGUAUUGUCUACUGCUCUGUUUGGAAAGCCACCUUUCAGGAAUGUAAUAGUCAAUGGUCUAGUAUUGGCAAGCGAUGGUCAGAAAAUGAGUAAACGUAAAAAGAACUAUCCUGAUCCAAUGCAUGUUGUCAACAGCUAUGGUGCAGAUGCACUGAGGCUGUACCUCAUUAAUUCCCCAGUUGUGAGAGCAGAAAAUUUACGCUUUAAAGAGGAAGGAGUGAGGGAUAUUCUGAAGGAUGUUUUCUUGCCUUGGUACAAUGCAUACAGGUUCCUUGUUCAGAAUGUUCAGAGAUUGCACAAGGAAGAAGGUAUCCAGUUCCUUUUCAAUGAAAGUACUAUUGAGGACAGUGAUAACAUCAUGGAUAAAUGGAUACUUUCAUUCACGCAAUCACUAAUUCAGUUUUUCAAGGCAGAAAUGGAAGCAUAUAGACUUUACACUGUGGUGCCAAGACUAGUCAAAUUUGUGGAUUUAUUGACAAAUUGGUAUGUGCGAAUGAACCGCAAAAGAUUAAAGGGUGAGAGUGGCACAGAAGAUUGCCAAAGGGCUUUGAAGACCCUGUUCAGUGUUUUGUUCUCCAUGUGUCGGCUGAUGGCACCCUUCACACCUUUCAUCACUGAAAUGAUGUACCAGAAUUUGAGGCACUUAAUAGACUUAUCCUCAGUUCCGGACAAAGAUACACAUAGUAUUCACUAUCUUAUGCUGCCACAAGUGAGGGAGUCUGUCAUUGACCAACGUAUUGAAAGGGCAGUUGCUCAAAUGCAGUCAGUCAUUGACCUUGGAAGAGUGAUCCGAGACAGGAAGACGCUCCCAGUUAAGUAUCCUUUAAAAGAGGUUGUGGUCAUUCACCAGGAUUCAGAAGCACUUAAAGAUAUUGGAGCCUUAGAGAGCUAUAUUCUGGAAGAACUAAACGUCCGCAAGCUGACAUUAUCCACAGACAAAGGCAAGUAUGGCAUUCAGUUACGGGCAGAACCAGAUCACAUGGUUCUCGGAAAACGCUUGAAGAGUGCAUUCAAAUCUGUCACAGCAGCUAUCAAGGCACUCCAGAGUACGCAGUUGGAGGAGUUCCAGAAGACAGGAACCAUAGUUGUCGAAGGACAUGAGCUCCAUGAGGAAGACUUGCGCCUCCUGCAUACAUUUGAUCCAAAUGCAGGACUAAGUGCUCAGUAUGAAGCCCAUUCUGAUGCUCAAGUUUUGGUUCUUUUAGAUGUUACACCUGACCAGUCAAUGGUGGAUGAAGGAGUUGCACGAGAAGUUAUAAAUCGUAUCCAAAAGCUUCGAAAGAAGGCCCAUCUGGUGCCCUCAGAUGAGAUCACUGUCUACUACAGCUCUGAGCCAAAAGGAGAGUAUUUGGACAACGUCAUUCAGAGUCACAUUGAUUUUAUCUUAGGAACUAUCAAAGCCUCAUUGAAGCCCUACCCAGUUCCAGUUUCUGCUGGAGUGAUUAUACAGGAAAAAGCACAGCUGAAGCACUCGAAUCUAGAUUUGACACUCGUGAAAGGAGCCUCAAGUCCUGUUUUGGGCCUUGCUUGUGCAUAUAUCAAUCUUAAGGUGUGCGUGGAUGAAAACAAGCAAGAUGGUGUGGUACUACUGGAAAAUCCAAAGGGAGAUAAUGUUCUGGACUUUGUCAAGCUGAAAAAUGUGAUCAUCAACAUAUUUAAACUGCAGACAACCAAAAUAGCUAUCUAUCACGAUAACAGUGAACUAACCAAUGGGACUGAUCUGAUGAGUCUGAAUGGAAAGACUCUGUAUGUGACAUCUGGGUUUACACCAGCAGAAGCUGUUAUGAAGACUGAUACCCUGCUUUUCCAGUAUGUCAACUUGGAGCUGGUGAAUGCCAAGCCUCAAGAAUGUCUCAAAGGUACAGUUGGAGCUCUUUUGCUGGAAAACCCAACCGGUCAGAAUGGGCUGACGUAUGCUGGUCUUUAUCAUGAGGCAGCCAAAGUAUUUGGCCUCAGAAGCAAGAAGCUAAGAUUGUGCCUAGGUGAAACCAAAGCAGAAGAAAUUACAAAUGAUGCUUCAAUGAAAACGUUGAACAUGAAGACCGUUUACAUUCACGUUUUGCCGACAACAGCAGAGUCCUAAGAUCUGUACAGAUAUUUUAGUUCUUAUGAAUGCUGCAUUAUGACCAUGUUGUACUGCUAAUGGAUUAUCCAUACCUGGAUUUAAUUUUGAAAAUUUAAAAAUGUUGUUUGACUGUACACUUUGACACAUCACUGAAGAUGAUUGAAUGCUAUUUCAUAAAAUUACAUUUUGUUUGAUGUCGUAUAUAGAUUAAUUUUCCUCAAACCUUAGCAAGGAUAAUCUACAGUUGGACAUUAUAACAACAUAGGCGUGAAGGAGGCUACAGGUGGAAAGGUAGAAGUGCGAAGUCAGUCAGUUCUUCCUUUCAUUCUUCUGAGUACUUGAUCUCCUCCAUGCUAUUGUACUAAGCAGAAGCCAGGCAUUCUCCCAGAGAGGGAUGGGAAUUCAUUUUAAGGCUGAUGAUGAUGGUUCUUUCUAGCUUGAUCGGAAUAACAUUUGUAGAGACCUUGGAGGCAUCUUCUGCUUUAGGUGCUUUAUGGGAGCUGGAGGCACAAAGGAUACAAACAGAGAUUGAAGCAUCAGAAAAAUAUAUAAUUGAGCAGAUGACAACAAGAUACAUUGAGAACAAGAGAAAAAUUAAAUCUGAAGCUUCAAAGUUUCCACAAUCAUCUUCAUCUUUUCUGAAGUCCCCAUUUUGCACACUGGUUAUGCAACAAAAUUAUGGAAAAGAUUAUUAUGCCUAAAUCUCUGUAGCAUUAGCUUAGAUCUUUGCAGCAUCAGAAUGAAAAAUUGCUGUCUAAUAUUUUAGACUGAACUACCAAUUCUACUGUUUAGAUUUUUUUCUUCCAAAACAAUUAGGUCUUGGCAUUUUGUCCCCUUUCUUGUGGGCACUAUUUCUAACAGUUAAACUGAGACUGUAGACUUUUAAAUGAUGCCACCAGGUUCUUUUGUGGCUUCUUUACAGAAAAUGUUACCCUGCUAAUGUUCACUGUAUCUUAAUCACGCAAAAGUGGUUCAGACCUCAUGGUCUGUUGAAAAAUACUUCUUUGGAUACAAUGUCUGCAUGCAGAUCAUUGGGGAGCUUGGUAAAUGCAUGUGAAUCAAAUUACAUAUUUCGCUGCAUUACAUUGGAUGGAAUUAAUUUGACAAACCAUUGUGGAAUUUGCAUUUUGACUUCAAGAUCAUGUAGUCCAGUUUCAAACUUUUGAGUGGAGGUUGCAAGUCAACCACUGAUAUUUGGGACCGGUGUUUAGAUUGGAGUCUUUAGGCUUUGGGUUUCAUAUACAUUCUAUUCAAUUUUAGCUCAGAUGUCAGAUUGUUUUUAUGACUAACAAUUAAGCUGGCCUGCACAACAUAUACUUUACAAAAUGCAAACAUUGCCACUUUGAAAAUAAGUUUCUCUUUGGUAAAUGUGAUGUGAACAGAAAAUGCAUUGGACUCUUAUUCAAUAUAAUUGUCACAUCAGCAGUUAUGUUGUCAUCACAUGCUUGCACUACACUAUUUCGAUAGACUCUCUUUUUGUAUUCGCAUUGUGUUAACUCCAGUAUACAUCCUUUGUCCCAUGAAUUUUAAGUUCAUAUCUCUGGUACUAACAAACUAAUAUUUUCACAAUGGUAUAUUGUAGGAAUGAACAUGUUGCUCGUAACUCUAUUUCAGUAACUUUCAAACAGCCUCUGCAGAAAAUGCCUUCUUUAACGUUGAAACUAUGCAAUGCAAUUCCCCACAAAUGGGCCAAAAUGGUUUGGAUAACUAGCAACUUACAACUGCUAAAGUACAUUUUGGAAAUUCUUGUUUUGUUAUACAGUUAUAUAUGUGCCUAGGAAUUGUGUAUUUUUCAAAUGUUAAGCAUUCCUGUUGCUUCUGUAGUAAUUGCAUUACUCCUGAAGACCCAUAGGGAAAGAAAAUUACUUUGGGCUCAUAUUCAGUUAUAAAAUUUGGGUUCAGAUUAUUUGUUUCUCAGUACAUGAACUAACUUUAAAUAAAUACAACAAUGUGAUGUAGUGAUAA